AUGCUCGGUGAUGAUAUCAUGAACAUGCAGGCAAUGCUUUGUGUAGAUAUCAUGAACAUACAGGCAAUGCUCGAUGUGUAUAUCAUGAGCAUGCAGACAAUGCUAGAUGUGGAUAACAUGAGCAUGCAGACAAUGGUUGGUGUGAAUAUCAUGAGCAUGCUGACAAUGCUUGGUGUGGAUAUCAUGAGCAUGCUGGCAGUGCUCGAUGUCCAUAUUAUGAGCAUGCAGACAAUGCUAGAUGUGGAUAACAUGACCAUGCAGACAAUGCUUGGCGUAGAUAACAUGAGCAUGCUGACAAUGCUUGGUGUGGAUAUCAUGAGCAUGCUGAAGUUGCAGCGUAAAUGGUUAGCAAGAUGGUUGGUGAUGCUGAUGAUUGGAAUAGGGACUGCUCUGGUAGCAACUAUUAUAGAAAUAUGUAUAGAAUAUAUAACAGAAUACAAAUUCCUUGCACUUAAAAAGUUAUUUGACUUUUGUCGCACAUACAGCUGUCUGGCUGUCCCACUACUAGCCUGGGUCGCCUUUAAUGCCCUUGUUGUCGCUGCUGGUUCAGCACUUGUCACAUAUGUAGCACCCCAGGCUGCUGGUAGUGGAAUUCCACAGAUAAAAUGUUAUUUGAAUGGUGUAAAAAUCCCAGGUCUUCUCUCCAUAAAGACCCUGGCUGCAAAGAUGUUUGGUGUUAUACUCUCUGUAGGGGGAGGCCUUGCAUGUGGAAAGGAAGGUCCAAUGAUCCAUUCAGGUAGUAUAGUGGCAGCUGGUAUAUCACAGGGGAGGUCAAAACUAUGCAAUAAGGAUUUCAAGGUAUUUGAAUAUUUUCGAUCUGAUAAUGAAAGACGAGACUUUGUAUCAGGUGGGGCGGCUGCUGGUGUCUCUGCUGCUUUUGGUGCACCAAUAGGGGGUGUACUGUUUACAUUGGAAGAAGGUGCAAGUUUUUGGAACCAAAGUCUUACAUGGAGAAUAGUGUUUGCCUCAAUGCUUGCCACAUUUGCAGUAAACCUGCUCCUAAGUGCAGUACAUGGUCAUCCUUCAGACCUCUCAAAUCCUGGCCUUAUAAGCUUUGGCAGGUUCCCAGAUAUUUCAUACCAAGCAAUAGAAUUACCAAUUUUCCUGUUAAUGGGUGUUGUAGGUGGCUUUUCAGGGGCUUUCUUCAAUGCAAUCAAUUACAGGCUGACCGUGUUUAGACACAAGUAUAUUUGCCCCAAAAGAUGGCUAAUGGUUCUUGAAGCCAUGCUGGUGGCUGCCAUCAGCGCCCUCUUGGGGUUUGUCAUGAUCUUCUUUGUGCAUGAUUGUCGCGAUAACCUUGAUGAUGAACAUUAUGAAACCAGAAUUCAGGUGUUUUGCCCAGAUGGACAGUACAAUGCCAUGGGUGAUAUAUUCUUCAAGUCCCCAGAGGCCAGUUUGGUCAGCAUGCUACAUGAGCCUGCAGAUGCGUUCCAAGCCACUACGCUAAUAACCCUUGUGAUUCCAUACUUCUUGCUAGCAUGUUGGACAUAUGGACUCAGUGUUUCUAGUGGUGUUUUUAUUCCCUCACUUCUCAUUGGUGCAGUCUGGGGGAGAUUGAUUGGCUUGGGAUUUUUACAAAUUGUUCCUAGUAUGGGUAAUAAUAUUGGGAAAUAUGCUCUGAUUGGUGCAGCCUGUCAGCUGGGGGGCACAGUCAGAAUGACAAUUAGCCUCACUGUCAUCCUUGUUGAGUGCACGGGUGAUAUCAAAUUUGGAUUACCCAUAAUGCUCUGCCUGAUGCUCGCUAAAUGGGUUGGAGAUUUCUUCAAUAAGGGUUUAUAUGACAUGCAUAUCUACAUGAUGGGGAUUCCUAUACUGCCCUGGGAUGCCCCUGAGAUGUCCUACACUGUAUUUGCAAGUGAAAUAAUGAACUCCCCCAGCACAUGCUUGCAUCAGGUAGAAACUGCAAAGCGUAUAGUUGAAGUCCUACGUGAACAUCCUCACCAGGGGUACCCUGUUAUUGAACCCUGUGAGGGGAGUCAGGAAAUAAUGGGUGAUAAAGCAUAUGGCCGCUGUAAGGGGCUCAUUCUAAAUUCACAGCUUGGAGUUUUGCUCAAACAUAAGGUAUUUGACCAGGUUAGCCCUAAACCUGUGUUAGACAUCAGCCAUUUCCGGGAUGUCCAUACUUCCUAUACAAUGAUAAAUUCCUCAGGAAAGCGUAAAAAUGACAUUCAAUUGACAGAUGAAGAGAUGAAGUAUACAAUAGAUCUGACACCAUAUAUGAACCCUGCUCCAUACCAGGUUACACAGCAUGCAUCUCUACCACGCAUCUUCAGGUUAUUCCGUGGUCUAGGACUGCGCCAUCUAUUAGUGGUCAAUGAAAAGCAUGAGGUGGCUGGGAUGAUUACAAGAAAAGACUUGGCUAAAUAUAGAGAAACCCAGCAAGGAGGCUCGGUUAGGAUGAGAGAACUCUCCAUACAGGAGUAUUAG